AUGACAAUUUCAAAGUCUUUAAUCAUCAAUGUUUAUACAAAUGCAUCACCAGGUUCAUGGAGAGAUCCAAAAGAUAAAACAAGAGAAUUUACAAGAGAUAUUAAAUCAUGGAUAAAUUUUGCUAAAUUAGCAGAAAAGGGUAAAAUUCAUGCUAUAUUUAUAGCUGAUAAUUUAAGUUUUUUUGAUGAUUAUAAAGGACCUGGGAAUUAUAAAUUACCUGCUAAGAUUGGUGCUUUUUCACCAAGAAUUGAUCCUGCUAUUUCAAUUACUGCAAUGUCUAGUGUUACUAAUAAUCUUGGAUUUGGUAUAACAUUUAGUACAGCGGUUGAACAUCCAUAUCAUUUUGCAAGAAGAUUAGCUUCUUUAGAUUUAUUAACUAAUGGUAGAAUUGGUUGGAAUAUUGUAUCAAGUUAUUUGACAAGUUUAGGUCCAAAUUUAUUAAAUGGUGAGGCUUUACCAGAACAUGAUGAAAGAUAUGUUAAAACUGAAGAAUAUGUUGAUGUUGUCUUGAAAUUAUUAUUAUCUUCAUGGAGAGAUGAUGCAAUCAAAUAUGAUAAAAAGAAAGGUAUAUUUGCUGAUCCAGAUUUAAUCAGAAAAAUCAAUCAUAAGGGUAAAUAUCUUAAUGUUGAAGGUCCUGGAAUUACUGAACCAACUCCACAAAGAUUUCCUGUGAUUUUCCAAGCUGGAACUUCAACUAAAGGGAAACUACUUGCUGCUAAAUACGCUGAAGUUGUUUUUCUAGAUGGUAGAUAUGAUGAAGGAAUUAAAGGUGAUAUUAAAGAAAUUAGAAGAUUAGCAGAAACUUAUGGUAGAGAUCCUCAAUCAGUUAAAUUUAUUGUUGGGAUAAGACCCACUAUUGGGAAAACUAGAGAAGAAUUAGCGUUUAACAAGUUGGAAGAAGCUAAAAAAUUUAAGAUCCCAGAUUACAGUGAAGUUGUGCUUAGUGGAAUUUCAGGUAUUGAUCUUAGUAUAUUUGAAGAUGAUGAAGAAGUUAAUAUUGCCAAAGUUAAUGAGAUGGCUACAUGGACAAAUACAAUUAGUAAGAAAGUUAAAAAGAGUAAACCUACAAAGAGACAAUUAUUAGAUAAUUUUGCUACAAUAAAUAAAAACUUAAUAGGUACAGCAUCAGAAGUUGCAAAUGAAUUAGAAAGAUGGGUGCAUGAUUAUGAUGUUGAUGGAUUCAAUCUUGUUGUUGAUUCAUUUCCUAAUGAUUUGGAAUCAAUUGUGGAAUUGUUGAUCCCAGAAUUACAAAAAAGAGGUAUUUUCCAUAAAGAUUAUACAUCAUCUACAUUAAGAGAAAAUAUUAAUCAUAAAGAAGGUCAAAAGUUUUUAAGGGAAGAUCAUACUGCUUAUAAGUUUAAAUGGGGUGCUGAUAAGACAAAAGAAGAAUUUGAAUCUGAUCUUUGA